UAGCCUAUCGCGAGAACAACGCACGGGAUUUGUGAAGACCCGGGUAUUCAUUCAUCAUUCCGCGGUUAAAAUAUGGCCACCGCGGACGUCCGGCUCAAUCACACAAUCUACAUCAACAACUUGAACGAGAAAAUAAAAAAAGAUGAGUUGAAGAAGUCUCUUUACGCCAUCUUCUCACAAUUCGGGCAAAUUUUGGACAUUUUGGUCGCACGGAACAUAAAGAUGAAGGGUCAGGCCUUUGUUAUUUUCAAAGAGGUGAACAGCGCCUCCAAUGCUCUGAGAUCCAUGCAGGGCUUUCCUUUCUACGACAAACCAAUGCGUAUCCAGUAUGCGAAGAUAGACUCGGACAUUAUCGCUAAAAUGAAGGGGACUUAUGUGGAGCGUGACCGUAAAAAGGAGAAAAAGAAGCUCAAAGGACCAGAGUCAUCUGGAGUUAAGAAGGGUGCAGCUGGUGCACCUAUGGUUGCUGGGGUUCCUGCAGCCAUACCUGGAAUGCCGCCCAUGAGCCAGGCUCCCCGUAUGAUGCACAUGCCAGGACAGCCACCUUACAUGCCCCCUCCUGGCAUGAUGCCUCCCCCAGGGAUGGCCCCUGGUCAGAUGCCCCCUGGUGCCAUGCCUCCUGGCCAGAUGAUGCCAGGACAGAUGCCAGGACAAAUGCCCCAGCAGGUUGCAGAAAAUCCUCCCAAUCACAUCCUCUUCCUCACAAACCUGCCAGAGGAGACGAACGAGCUCAUGCUGUCCAUGCUCUUCAACCAGUUCCCUGGGUUCAAGGAAGUGCGUCUGGUCCCAGGUCGUCACGAUAUCGCCUUUGUGGAGUUUGAGAAUGAAGUACAGGCGGGUGCCGCACGUGACGCACUGCAAGGCUUUAAGAUCACUCAAGCAAACGCCAUGAAGAUCUCAUUCGCUAAGAAAUAACACUUCUCACUACUGGUGUUUUUGUAACUCCUACAGUCACCCACAGAGCUUUUUUUUUUUUUUUUUAAAUGUUGCCCCCGGCCUGAAUUAAACCAUGUUUUAGCAUUGACAUUUGCUGAUAAGUGCAGCAUGGAGGUUUUAUAUUUCUUCAGGAUUCCAUGUAAGUAUACACUCUUUGCAUCACAAUUGAUGUUUCAACCAGCAGUUCUGCAUCCUACUGAUAUGAUUUUUAAUUUGUUGAAGUAUUUGUUUCUUAGUAAAUGUUUUGUUCUCUACUCAUGAAAUUUAUAACUGUCUGUCAUAAAGCAUUGCACCCAGAGUCUGCUCUGUCAGACACUGUACCUGGAGCUUUUUUUUUUUUUAUAUUAAAACUGUUCUUUGACAAU